CUCGCCUCGCCUCGCCACCUGGAUUUUUCAACGCCUACGCCUGCAAAAAGCAUCAUCCGGUUCUCACAUGGCCAUUCACAGACGCGGAAGCAAAAAGAGAACCAUUUCCACAUGUGCGUGCAACUUUGAACCUCUUGCAUAUCCGCUCACACUCUUCACCCAAACUCUCAUCACUAUUGGCCUUACGACCUGUCAUGCGCACAUCCGCUGUUGUGGCUCACCUGCGCUCGACUCUCGACCACAGACAGUAAAAAAGGCACACUGCCACUGUAACCUACCACCGUAUCUUCAUCCUCACACCAACUAUAGCACACACACAAAGGCUCACCAACCUCGAUCUUCCUCCUCCUCCCUCUCCUUCCACCCUCUACGGAGUAAUCUCUAAUCGAUCGCCCGUCACUCACUACCAUAUCGAGCACGUACCACCAUUCGUUUAGUCCAUCAUGUUCGGCCUGCGGAAAGCAUUCGUUUUCAGCACACUGAUUUUGGGUGCUUGGACCUCGCAACAUACACAAGAGGAUGACAAGUCUCUGGUCAAUUGGGAUUCGUUCCAAGCUCUACUAGAUGCCGUCGACCCUGCUGCUCUACAUUCGGUCCUGCACCAACUGUCGCCCAAGUUCAAAGACGGCGUCUUCAGCAAAGACCGCGCAGCCAUCGAACACGUUCAUUCUGAAAACCCCGUCAUUGCAAGCAAACUGGUGCAUCUAGCAAAGAAGAGACAGGCCAGUAAUUCCACCGUCACCUCAACAACUCCGAGCUCGACUGCUUCGACGCCCGCGGAAAGCUCUGUCGAGUCACAAUCGAGCUCACAAGCUGCCUCGAUCUCUUCGGUCCUCUCCUCCGAAAUUCUUGCUUCAACCGUGCCAGGAGCUACUACACUCACUGUGGCACCUUCGACGCCUGCUUCUGCCACCGCAAUCGCAACCACAGACGGCGCAGUUGUCUUCAGCACAUUUGGAGGAGGCAUUGUCACUCUGACAUCUUCUGCCGUUGGAGUUCGGUUCACUCCCAGCACAUCAACCCACCUCUACUAUGCCACCGCUGCUGACGGAUCGGUCGAGACGAGAACAUCGCUGGUCGUCGUCAACGCACCUGUGACAGGCGCCACGGAUGCCACGGCAGCUGCAGGAGCUGCAGCAACCACGGGCAGCGAUCCUGGACUACAGAACGCCGCCUCUCCAAACAAGGUGGGAAGUCUGCUGAUGGCGAUGCUCCCACUCGGAGGUUGGCUCUUUACUCUUUAAGCAAGCCUUGGACUUACCGGCGGACUUUUCUUCCUCGGUGGUAAUUUGAGACACGACUUUUCUUUUAGCAUGCAUAACGACGACAUGGCUCCGGCAAUUCUCUCUUUUAGUAACAAUCUGCGACGGGCAUAGCUUUUGGCGUUCUCGACCACAUGAUCUCGCGUUGUUGAUAGGAUCUCUGUUGAUUUGGAUUGGGUACAUACAUGUACAUGACUUGGGGUUUCCGGCAAUGGACACAAUGAUAGAGGCCUGAGAUGGACAUCGAUGUUAGUAGUCGAAGGUAGUGGUGUCUGGUGUGAAAGACAUAGUAUCGUCGUCUCGAUCGAAUAGCUUGAGGUCGAAUGAGAAAAAGGUAUCCUCCUGAA